AUGGAUUCUACGCCAGACACAUUUAACGAAUCUGUGUCAUCAAUAUUAGAACGUAAAGUCCGUGGUUGGCUCACUGGAGUUUUCGACGACAUGCGACGGAGUAGUCCAGUUCAACAAUGGCUGGAUUCUUUACCAGCUGACUCAGAAACUGAAAACCAAAAUGAAACUGACAUAAUGACUGAUGAUAAAAUUAAAAAACUUGAGCAGAAUAGAGACUCAGGAUCAAAGUCUGAUGAAAACAAACCAGAUGAGUCCAUAACUGAAAAUACUGUAGUUGAAAAUGAAAUACAUCAAGAAGUUGUCCAUGAUGACAAAAGUUUAGAUGUUCCUGCACAAAGAGAGGCAUGGAAGAGAAAGUCCCUAGAAAGUGGGGUACUUACAAGCACUCCGCAUCCUAGAAAUGUUAAAAUGAAGCUACAAAGGGACCAUUCAGUUCAAUCUGAAGGAUACACACCAAGGUUUAAAAACCCUUUGUUCAGAGAUCAUUCAUUGCAGUCAGAUGCAAGUGGUUCAAGUGGGAGCUCAGUUUUAAAUGUAUUAGGAGCUAGAAAAGUUGAUGCAGAAUCAGUUCUUUUAGCUCUCGGAUUUGGUCCAAGUGAAAAGCAACAGAAAUUACAAAGAAUUCCAGAUAGAUUUUUAGUGCCAUCAAAACUUAAAGGAAUAAGUACAGAACAAUUUAUAAAAGAUGAACAACAUUCAAUGCGCAUGCAUGAUUGUGGGAUUUUUGGCUAUAGAGGCCUCACAGGGAAUCCUCAUGUUCCACCGUCGACAAUUGUAGCUAAAAUAAUGGAUUGCAUCCUCCAAGACGACGUGUGCCGCGAAGAGGCGUUGAUGAAGAGCCGGCAUUCCAUAGCGGACAUGCGCAGUCCCGCGGCAAUACACGCACAUCUAACAUCACGAUUACGAAGUACU